GUUAUUCCGUUUGUCGGCCGUUUCCGCGCAUUAAUUUAAGCAGCAAUUGAAUUUCGUUCACUGGUGCGCCGGUGCAUUUUUUACGUGUUAAACAAUCUGUUGAUUCACAGCAGGCCUUGCAAAACGUGUGUGCAAAAAACCAUAACUAGUCAAAUAAGAUCUUUGAAGUGCUCUGAUGGAGGUUUGUGCGGACUUCGUAAUUGUGUGAAUCGGAAUCGGUGAAAAGUUAAAGGGAAAUCAAAGGGAAGAAUUUAUGACCAGCUGUGUUAUUGAUUAAACAUGACAGCAAAGGGAAGCAAGAAAAAAACCGCAAUCAGUUUCUCGGUUUUGUGGCGCUAAACUAGCAACAUUCCCUAGCUGCUGCUUAGGAGCUUGAAUGGAAGAAAUCGUGAUGUGUUGAGUGAAUGAGACUGCGGGACUUGCUGGCGCUAUUUUGCUCGUACCAUAUAUAAGAAGAAUCGACGACACUUUCAACGGCAGCCAGUGAAAACAACGACUCAUGAAGUAGGUACUAACAUAGGUACAACAACUUGCGUGAGUGGAAAGCUCGGUUACAUACAGGCGUUGUGGCGAACGACGACGCCUAGGGCAGUCUACGCCGGAACGCGCCACCGACUGGAGGCAUCGUCAUUCCGGUGCCAGAUUGUGAAACAGCAAGAAAAAAGUGAAGAAGCGCCACCGAAUGAAAUAGUUUUGCAGUUUAUGUGAUUAAUUUAAGAUAGGCUGGUUUAAGUGGUUUAAAAAAUCAGCAACCGCCAGGAUUGGAAAAAGUGUAAAGUUUAAGUCAUGAGUUAAACCUGGUUGGUGGUUUAGUGGGGAAGUGCGGAAUCCGUUGUAGGCGGAAGUUACGGUGAAGUGUCUUUUCUUUAUUUUCGAAACCCGAAACGAAACAAAACGAAGUCAAGCGAAACGUGCAAAGUCGGUAGAUAGUAUGAAUCGAAAACCGUUUGUUGAAAGUGAUAUAAAUUUCAAUUCGAAACGGACGACUUGGCUGGCCGGUGGCGUGGGAAUGGCCGGCCCGAAGAGGCGUCUCAGUUGUUGGAAGAACCGCUGGAAGCUGACGACGUUGACAGUGUUGGUCACGUUGGCGGUACUUUUUGGUGCCAAAGCCAGUGGGGUACAAUCGCAGGAAGCGUUCAUGAGUGACAGUCAGCAUCCGGAUCAUCCGGAUCGUGACUUCGAGCAUAUCAUAGAUUCGCCCUCGGCUGCGGCAGUUUCCGAUACCAGCAAGGAGAUCAUAACCAAUCACAUUCCCAGCCAUGGAUCUCAUGGGGAUGACGAAGACGGCAAUGAGUCACAUUACGAGUAUGAAAAUGUUAAUACCCGGGAAGGUGACCUGCAUUAUACCGAGAUAUCGGGUGACGUUGUGCUAGGGGAAAAAGUUCUUCGGGCCUCCGAGAGUCCAUACUCGUUGCGAACGGAUUUGGAGGUCGAGCGAAGGGCUCGCCUGAUCGUGGAACCCGGAGUCACGAUCUACUUUGCGCCGAUGGUUGGGAUAACGGUGCGUGGAUCGCUGGUGGCAUUGGGUUCAUCAGAGCACAAAAUCACCUUUACUUCGCUUCCCAAUUCGGGGUAUCGAGAUGUUGUUGCCGAUCCACGGGAUGUCGGAGCCAGGUUGGUCGAUGGACCUAGCCCGGUGGCCGGUCGGUUGCAGCUACUGAACCAGGGCAAGUGGCGUUCCGUGUGUACCAACUCCAAAAAUUGGACUAUUGCCGAUUAUGAAACCACCUGUCGACAGAUGGGAUACAAGGGAGGUCGUUUCUGGAACUGGAUGGAUAAGAUCCAGAACUAUGACCCAAGGCUGCUUUUGGAGGAUCCUAAGUGCGCAGGGAAGGAAGGUUCACUGUUUGAAUGUGACUGGAAAUCGAGACAAAUCGGAUCGGGAGUGUGUGACUACCAUAGUGAUAUCGGGGUUCAGUGUUUGCCGUUGUUUGAUCAAGUGACGCCUCACUGGCGGGGAAUACGGUUUGAAAAUGCCGAAAGCAAGGAAACGUUGGCUCACAAUCACAUCCUAUAUGAUUUCAUUUCGCUUUCGGAGUUGCGUCACGUUGAAAUUGUCCGGGCUGGCACCGGAAGAGGCGGCAGUGCUGAGGCAGCCAUAUCAGUUAUAGGAACUCCGCCGAUCCUCGAUCACGUAACCAUAGAUCAUUCGUCUUACACAGGAAUCAACGUUACAAGACACGAAGCAGCGUUUGCCUUCAAGGAAGUGACAGUGAAACGAAGCAGGGGGUUCGGAAUAUUUGUAAAUUCAAGUUACGGAUCAACGCUGCUGGAUAGCGUUACGGUUAGAGAAAAUGGAGCUGAUGGAAUACGUUAUGUUGGCCACGACCUACGAGCGGAUGAGAGAAUUGAUCGAAGCAAAGUAUUCGAUUUCUGUACUCUCACGACAACUGCUUGGCAGAUAUUCCCCCUACAACUAUCGUUCGAACAGUCACAAUUUGCUCUCUCGCCUAAAGAAUGCUCACAAUUGCUAAACACAGGUCCCGGCUACGUGCUAACGUUCCACUUUGUCUUUUUCGAAAUGACUCGUAAUGAAACUGCAACCAUACAAAUCUACGAUGGAAUGUCUGAGAAUGAUCGUUUGCUAGCGUCCUGGAACAUUCGCAAUUCUACGAGACCUCAAAGUGUAACCAGCACUAGGGAAAAAAUGUUCAUUAGAUUACGAGCCGAGUCAAGAAGUCGAGUGCUAGCACACUUUCGUGUAACGGCAGGUGCAACGAAAGCUUAUGAUCUGAACGUGACUCAGACCACGGUUGCCGACAAUGGUGGUCGCGGUAUUGCCAUCGACAAUCUGCGGUCGCAGGUUCACGUACACGCUUCAACGAUUACAAACAAUAAUCAUGCGGCAGGUUUGCACGUCACUAGUGGAGCUGGCGACGUCAAUGUAACGGACUCAAAAAUCAGUUUCAACUCCGGAGAUGGUAUCAACAUCACUUACUACGGAGGAAAUAGAAACAUAUCUCGCAGUUCUUUGAGCUCAAACCGUGGUUAUGGAUUUUCGGUAUGGUUAAACCAAACGACGAAAGAUCGCCAAGAGUUUUUGGAAUUCAAUCAAACCACAACCAUUGAGUACUCAAACAUCGUCAAAAAUUUGGAGAUUGGUGUUUUACACGGAAACUACUGCGGAGAUUCGUGGGUCAACAUAACAGGGAACUGGUUCAAUGACAGCACUAGCAACGCGAUCGAUAUUCAAUCCUGCUGGUUCGAAACAAUAGAAAACAGAAGACUGAGACUACAAAUAGGUCACAACAACUUCGAGCACUCGAAUAAAAUUUCAAUCGUUAUAAGUCCUAUACUCAAUUUAGAAGGAAAAAUCGAGUACAACCAAUUCCUGAGGGGAAAAUACGGAGCAAUAUUGACACGCAACAAACCUUGGGAAGAAUUCCGUGCUCUUCCUGUUAGAUUGAUAAUCCAGCAUAAUUACUUCAUGUACAACAGGGGUAUCUACGUGGUGUCCCUUGGUUUAUCGACUAACACGGACAGCAAAACACAAUAUUUGCUGUUUACAAGAAAUUUCGUGAAAAAUAACAUAAUCAAGGAAGCUUUUGGGCCCCUUGAGGAUGAAGGGGAGAGGCUCGGAGGUGAAGGUCGAUUGAAUCCGCGAUCCAGAGUAGCUGCACCGAUUGUGAUUGGUUCAAACGACGUAGAAGUUUUCCGAAAUAUCAUUUCGAAUCCACAGUCCAGAUACGAGGUCGGCUCGCAACUCUCCGACCAAAGCAAAGCCUUAAACGUCACCUACAACUGGCUUGGAUACCAGGAUGAGGAAAAAGUCUACGAGCGAUUGUUCCACCGGAAAGAUCGAUACGAUCUGGCGAAAAUAGAAUACUUCCCUUAUUUGCUGCAUCAUUCGAAUCCAGGUACACAAACCAUUGCUCAGUACGCUAAGUUUGUGCCGUUCUUCUUCAAGGAAGGUAGUGAUCGAAUCGGGGGAGAAGUUGAUGGUCAAGAGAUAUUACCCUCGGGAAGUUACACCGUAGAGCGAGAUAUCAAUGUGAGACCAGGCGGGAAAUUGAUAUUAAACUCGGGAGUGAUAUUGAAUUUUGCGCCAAGCGUCGGUAUGAUGGUUACUGGAAAAUUGGAAGCUCGGGGUCGAAAACCGGAUGAUAUUAUGUUCACUUUGAAACGGGAGGCAGUUAUGAUGGAUAACGACACGACCGAAGCUAUCAUGAUGGACCCAGAUAUGGCGGUCGAUAUCGAUACGGAGUCAGUUCCGGAUCUUGGACCGGCAGAACCUCAAACACCGAAAGUCCCGGUAAGGUUAGUCGGUGGUCAGUCAGACCAUGAAGGUCGAUUGCAGGUGUACAUCGAUGGUCGAUGGGGAACGGUUUGUGAUUACGGUUGGACGAUGAUCAAUGCAGCGCUGGUUUGUCACCAAUUGGGUUUGGCUUUGAAUCCAAGAGAUUGGAGGCUGCAGCGAUCUGAGGUUCCUGGAGCUGGAACUUCCGAGGAUGUACUACUAUCAAACGUACGCUGUUUAGAACAUGAUAUCGAUAUAACACAGUGCCGUUCAGAACGAGCAUCUCACGGAGAAUUUGAGAACUCUUGUUCACACGAAAAUGACGUUGGAGUUCGAUGUUAUGAAGGAGCAUGGGCCGGUUUACGAUUCGGAGUUCUAGCAGAACGGGCUGAUCUUCAAUACGUUACCAUCGAAAAAGCUGGGCUGUUUGAUUACAUGACGAAUACUUUCAAACCAGCUCUUCAGAUGGACUUUGCCAGGCAUAAUCUAGAUAGUAUCCGAGUGGUUGAGAACCUUCAAGAUGGUCUGGGAAUUAUUUAUUCGGACAUCUACGCUGGAACUUCAGUCAAUAAUAUAAAGAAUUCUGAGUUUUUAAGUAAUCGCGGAAACGGUAUUAGUAUAAGUCAACUAGGAAUGAAAAUCCAUGGUAGUAUCAUAAAAGAUAAUCGAGCUUCCGGAAUCAACCAUGACUCAGUGAUCUCAGCUCUAGACCAAAGAGAAAUUACCAGUUGGUUCAACAUGGUUCCGGACUUCAACGUAGAUGAUUCCGACUACAGACCUAUAAUGUUACCUCGAGAUUCACACAAUAUCGACAUCGAUCAAUGGCAAAUCAAACAUAUAAUCACACUUCCUGUUCGAGAUGCACCCGUUGAAAAAACCAUCACUGUUCGUUGUCAACCAGGUUACGUUAUCGGUGUUCAGCUGCUCAACCCGAUUGAAAACAGGUCAACGGAAAACAUCUGGAUCUACGAUUCGCUAGCCGGGAACACAAACUCCGACGUGUGGCAAGUGAAACGAGAUGUUUCGGUAUUUCCACUAACAACGAGCAGCUAUGGAGCAAUUCUCCAAUACAAAAGUGGUCACAACGCUCUUGGAGGUGCCGUAAUCGUACUACGCUCGAUUCAAGCACCCAUCCAAAACAUUUAUAACAGAAUCGUUCGAGGUCCGGUGCCAACGCUACAGAUAACUUCAACCAAAAUCCAACGUAACUUCCGAGGUAUCACCGGUACAUAUUAUAAUCGGUAUCUAGGAGAGCAGAGCGAAAUUUACCUUCGCAAAGCUAACGAAUCCAUAAAAUUGAUAAACUGCGAGAUCAGUCACAAUCGGGAGGAAGCCGUUUUCAUUCAUUCACCCUUUUGGGAUGUACACGAGAGCAAUAUCUCGGAGAUAACCAUUCACAUCAACAACAGUAUGAUCAGAGAUAACGGGCGAGGAAUUCGACAGUUCUCCAAAGAUCUUCGCUCCUCGAACAACUUGUUCCACUACGUUUUGCAGGACACAACGGUUGAAAGUAACUCGUUCGGUGGAUUGGAGUUGAGUUUGCCAUAUGUUUGGCAGUACAACGAGAAUUUCACGCAUUCCGUGUUCCUGGGUAACGAUACUUGGGCCAGAAAUAGGAAGUUCGGUAUAAUUAUCGACGGCCACUACGCUGCGGUAAACAUAUCGUCGAACAUUUUUUCGGAAAACGUUUGUGCCCAUGGACUGAUCGGGUUCAAGGGAAUGGAGAAGAAGUUGCGAAUCGACAACAAUAAGAUUGUGCGGAAUUCUGGCAAGUAUUUGGUCGAGUUCCGAUCGGACAGUCAGAGCGAAAUUCUUGGCGAAAUACCAGCCAUGUUUGCUUUCAAUCACAUCGAGAGCAACGAGAAGGUGGCUUCAACACGAUCAGAAAUGAGAAACUUCAUCCGAGGUGAUCGGGGUAAUGCUAAGGAUCCGACCUGUGUUAUCGGCUUUGGAGGCGUUCAAAAGAUAAGGAUCUAUCGGAACGUGAUUUCGAAUAAUGAACAGGAUUACGAUUUGAUUGCGGGAAUUAAAUCAGCUAGGUUGAACAACUUCUUGGACGUUAAAGAGAAUUGGUGGGGUUCGCAGGAUGAGGAGCACAUCAAAACGAGAAUUUUUGAUUUCGAUGACUGGAAUAAUCAUGCAGAGGCCCAGUAUAGACCUUACUUGGUGGAAGAUGCAAUCGAUGGAAGUGUUUCCGUUUCAUUAUCUAGAAAUCGAUCCGUUGAUUUGGACAAUCUAGGAGGACGCAUAACAGAAGAUUUAUCGAUUUUCAGACGGGAGCAGCCGUAUGUUAUCAAGGCAGACAUCACAGUGAUGCCAGGAGUAACGAUGAAUAUAUUUCCGGGUGUUGUAAUGGAAUUUGCUCCCAAUGUUGGCAUUCUAGUGUUAGGCACUUUAAUAGCUAGGGGAACUCGUGAUGCUGAGAUUGUGAUGCGACCUUUCCAAAGUGCUUCUGAGCAGAUGAAUCGUGUGGAGCGGUCUUUGGAAAAUAUGAUCAACUACGACUCGAUUCGGCUGUGCGCUAAUCGGAACUGUUCGGGAAGCGAUCGGGAAAAUGAUAAAAUAAGAGAGGGUUUUUUGGAGUAUUACAACCACACAACUCUUCAAUGGAUUCCGAUUUGUGAUCGUAGGUUUACGGAGCGAAAUGCACAAGUUGUUUGCCGAGAGCUGGGAUAUGAUCCAUUGGACGUGUUCUUCGGACAUGAUCGUCGCAUAGAGUUCCAUACGAACUCUUUAACCCGAAUUUGGACGUGGGUCGAACCGAUGGAGUGCCAUGGAGACGAACUUCGAUUGGAAGAAUGUCCGGAACGUUUGAACGGUCAGUUGUACGGGAGACGUCACGAGUGUCAGUGGGAUUCCGAGUUUGUGUUCAUAAGUUGUAAUGGAGAACCUGAGCAAAGGAAUUAUUGGGGAGGAGUUCGUUUCGCUAAUCAAGAUUUUGAGGCAAGUUUGUACGAGCAUAGGAUUCACGAUGCUGUCACUCACGGAACAGCAAGACCAGUAGAAAGUGUUAUGGAGUUCGUUCGUAUCGAACGAGCAGGAAUGCUUCACGGUGAAAAGUCUCCGGCAGUUCAAACGAUAUCGAAGAACCCGAGUAUAAGCUUCGUUAACAUUCGAAACAGUGCUCAUCAUGCCGUCAAUUUGGUGUCUCCGAGCGAUGCUAUUCACUUGAACUUCUUGAACAUCUUCGAGGCUUUGGGACAUGGAAUCAAUGCCAUCUCGCUGACUGGUGAAGGUCGUGAGAGCGAUGAGUCCAGCUACAGCCCGAUGAAAGACCUGGAUCUACCGUACAAUUUGUUCUCAAUGAUCGACAUCUGCGACACCAACAAAGAAAUAACGCUGGAAGAACGAGUACUGGUCUAUUACAAGUACGAUAAUAAUCCUGUGAACUGCGUUAAGAUUUUCAAAAGCGCAUACCGAGUGAAGCCUUUGGGCUUCAGGUUGCUGCAAUCGAAUUUGUUCAACCACUCCAAGGAAUACGGACGGCGAGAUAUGAUCCAACUGCUCGAUGGAGACAUCUACAACGUUAGUGCGAAAGUCAUCGGAAUCGUAGAUGCUGACAGCGAUAAUCAGAAGAAACUUUUCAAGACGGAAGAACCGGCUUUGAGUGUGCGACUGAUUGCUAGUGGUGCACCGGCAAGACACGGGUUCAUUGCUGAAAUAGUUACGCUUCCUAUUUCUGCCAUUGGAUUCAAUCGUGACGCUCAGCACAACAUUUCGAACUCGGAGAUUAUGGGAUGCGUUGGAGGUGCGCUUCACUAUUCCACUGUUGGUGAGGUUUCGCCAAUUCUUACGUUGGAACGCAAUCGAUUCGUACGCAACUGUCGACAGUUGUAUGGGAAUUUUUCCUCCUGUGAAGCCACCGUCCGAGUAGACGUCCAGAACAUGCAGACAUUAUAUUUUAGGAAUAACUUGCUGCAAGAAAACCAAGGAGGUCUAUCGAUACGGGCCGACUCUCGAGGGUCAGCAACGUCGCUCAGAGGAUGGGUUCAUAACAAUCUCUUCGUGAAGAACCGAAACAGGCCGGCACUUUACGUUGAGGGGCGUCAAUCUUCACCGUAUCAGGAAGUCACCGUUCACAACAACUAUUUCUCCCAGAAUGAAGCCGGGUUCCGGGAUGUUGUGGUGCUGAGACAGGUUGUUUCCAAUUUCAGCUACAACUACGUACACAGUAAUCGAGGAGGUCGCAUCAUCGAGGUUUCUGGAUUCGAUCGAGUUCGGUUGCCGAUCUAUCAGACGACCUCGCAUAAUGGAUUCUAUGAUAAUGUAGCAACCGAUUGGAGCGGAAGAGCUACGAUCGUGGCAGGAACCGCUGGACAACACUACAUUGACAACAUCUUCGCCAAUCCGGACAAUGAUUAUGAAAUGAUAACAGUCAACCGAUCGAUAUUUGACUUCCAGUUCUGGAAUAGUACUUUGGACGUGUGGAAGACGAAAAUCGAUGCCAAGCACAACUUCUGGAGCUUCAACGAAACGCUGGCAGUAGGAGGCCGUAUUCGAGACCGUUACGAUGACCCGCAGCUGCUGGAAGUUCAAUACCUGCCGCUGCAUAUGAACAAUCUAACAGUACUUGAUGGAAAGUGCCCUCCCGGGUGGACCUUGCUCGUGGACACUUGCUACAUGUAUGUCGGAGCACCGAUGAGCUUCCGGGAAGCCAGAGAUUUCUGCCGUUCGGACAAUGCCUCGUUGCCGUUCAUUCAUGGGGAUUACGACGUGUUGUGGAGAUUCUUGGAACAACAGUCCCGCUAUCUGCGGUCGGCUGAGAAAGUUUGGAUUCAGGAUCCUAACUAUAUCGAUCGCUGUACUUCGUUUAUCUAUCGAAACGUGGAGAUCGAGGAAUGUCACGAACGGCAUGCCUUCCUAUGUGAAAUCGAUCCUAAGGUUCAAAUUGACCCACUGUUCUGGAAAGCCGAUACGGUGGCGAUCGCGAUGCUGUCUGCGUUGAUUUUGGUGUUCCUGCUGCUGCUGUUGAUCUGUAUGUGCUGGGUGUUCAAGUCCCGCUUCAGGCAGAAGCAGCGUCUUCAGCGGCGUAACAGUAUUCGCCAGAGUUUGCGCAGUUUGAACAGCAUCGAUCCGCAGGGUUCGAUACGGAGGAGAAACUUUGUCGUAUCUCGUUCAACGGACACCCUUAGAUCAGUAACGACUGGAACCACGGACUACAAGAAGAUGGCCUCAAACGGAUCGAUCGAAUCGGUCGAUAAGAGUGUGCUAAGUUCGGAGACCAACUAUGAUGCCUACGAUAAGCAGCAACAAGCCUAUGGUAACGAGUACGCGGAUCAACUGAAAAGUCAGAUGGGUUACAGCGAUGCGAACGUUACCAAUGGGGGUGGAGAUUACAUGCAGCAUUCCAAUGACGGAAGUCCAACACGCCCAACCAAAGUCUACGGACUGCCAGACUACAGCUCUCACGGAGGCAGUACAGCGUUUGAGUUGGCAUUCCGAAACGAAGGAUUCCGAGAUAACUCGACGACCUAUUCGGGAAUCACGAGAAACAACUCGAUAAGUACCGCGAUUAACGAAGAUACUCCAAUCAUCCAUCACCCUGUUGAAAACGAGGAUACAGGUUCGGACUAUUACGGUAACUCCAGCACUCUUCCGAUGCGUGUUCGAGGAGACAAUCUGUCAUUCUUGAGUGAACUGAAGAACCGAUUGCCCGAAUACGCUCCAAUGCCACAGGGUCACACCAGUUUCCUACCGAACUCAAAUCGCAACUCUCAGGAAAGUGGGAACCCUUCACUGCCAUACUCACCUCACGAAUACCAACAACCGUCGAUACAGAUCCGUCGACCGCCCCACAAUGGGUUCACUCAACCAACGGCAGUAGUAUCCCCAAACGUCGACAAUGGUCGGGAUAUUCGUCGACCAGAUUCCUACAUGAAAGCGGUUAAGAAAUAUGCUACCCCAGGCCGCGAAAGGGAAUCCAUCAUUCCGCCACCUCGAAUCGACAUCGGCAAUGCAGCCAGCCAACGAAGACCAAAGACAGUGUACGAAGCGUCUCCAACAGAAACGAUGACGGCACCUCCGAUGACACCGGCCUCGCCGCAACGAACCACCUACAACCGGUCCCGAUCGGAAGCGCUGCUCGAAACGAACUUCGACGAAGCUCUGCCGCCGAUGGCCGAAAUGUUGAGUGCCGACAGCCGCAGCUAUUCACAACCCCUCGAGACUGCUAUUAAUGGUACAGUCAUACACUGACUGACUUCGCUACUCGCCAAAAAAAAGCCGACAUCGUCAUCCUGCCAGCCGAAUGGAUCAAUCCUAGAGAGAGAAAACCUUAUUAAAAACUAACUUUUACCGAAUGCUAGCUCUGUGUUCAACAGGAUUCGAGUAAGUCGAAUUCAAGAGAUAGAAAGCCUUAGUCCGAAUAUUUAGCUCUCGGUGAGCAUAAUUGUAGAUUAAACGAUCGAACGAAAUAAUGAAGGAAAUUUAGGUAUUAAAACAUGUAAGAAGUAAGAAACGCGCGAAGGCACGUGCAUUAAUUUGCACGCAAUAUUGAACACAAGAAACUAACCCGUUUCUUGCGUGAAAGAUUCGAUACAUCGUGGAAGUUUAACGAAACCGUACUUGACGGAAGGGAGACGACAAGAACUGUAAUAAGGGUACUGAAACGGUCUAAAACUGUUACUGGUUUGACCAGCGUAUUAAUAAAACGCUGCAAAUUGUAUAAACGUUUUUUAGAUAUAGAUUUUCAAUCAAAUUUUAUUUUUAAAAUCGAACUCGUGAUAAUAGCAGUUUAAGAUCAAUAUUAAUCGGUAAUGCCUUUUCGAGAACGCAAUUGAAAACGUCAUCACAAAAAAAAAAAAAAUAGAAUAGGAAAAAACGCAAAAAAGUUGAUUCAGUCACAGUGACUCACAGAUAUGAACUAAUAAGAAGGCAUCAGAGAGGAGUUUUCUUCUGGCUUGCAUGAAAUAUUCAAAAAAAAAAAAAAAAUGGAUUAAGAAAGUUUUUCAAAAAUAAAGAAAGCAACAACGAAAAUGGAAAUGAUAAGUGGGUAGCAAAAAAUGUAUUCAACAAUCCCAAUGCAAUGUCUGUGAUCGAAUCGAAACGCGUUUUGCAUCCCUUGAGCCCACGAGCUGGCGAUAGUUACUAGAAAGUGCUAGUUUAUGUUUUCGAAACAGGUCAAUGAAAUCUAAUCACGCCGGGCAAGAGAUAAUCUUAAAUAUUCAGCUUCCUGCCCCACAACCGAUGCGAUUGAAUGGGAAACAUUUGUGUAUUGUAAACUUUGGGUUCGCCACAGCUCAUAAAUGUUCAAUGAUUAUUUAGAAAGGAAAAAAAAUCUAAGGAAGGCAGAACAAUCGAACAUAGUCAUAGUAGCAUCUGUAUUGUUGACGUUAAGUUUCAGGAGUAAGCAUAAAACAUAUAAACCUUCUGAGAUGUCUAAGUCGUGUCGCUCGACGGGAGUAUUGCGUUAUCAAUCAUGCCUGGCGUAACAGAGCCAUGGUAUUUUCCAUGACGAAUUAGGUUCUUUUUCUUGCUUGGCCGUUGAUUAUUUCAAUGCAGUAGGUAUUUGACGAAACAGACUAAUCAGGAACCAAUGCAAUCGUUAAUUCAUAAGAAAUGAACAAAAAAAAAAUUACAGAUGCGGGCAGAGUAUUAUUUUUUAAUUAUGCAAUCAGGUGGAGUCGCGUCAGAUUAGUCUAUUUCAUUCGAUUUAUUUUUGGAUCCGUCCAAUCAUUAAUUUAAUUGGAUCUUAGUCCAGCUUAAUCUAAGUUUAAUUAGUUAAAUUUGACCAUGUGCAAAUGUAAGAUACGAUGUGCGUCCAGUAUAGAGAACUUAUUGUUAAAGUUAUAGGUAGCUGAGAAGCGUUCGAACGAUGAAAUAAAUUUUAUGAAUGUUGAAAUUUGUA